UUGCUUUGUCCAAAUUAACUGCUAUUUGCUGAUUCAUUUAUCAUCAUAUCUUAUGCUGCAGAGUAUUACGUUUCUACCUGCGAGGAUGCACUUUGAUUAAUAUACGAACUGUGGUGUUCGACUAAUCUGUUUUGCAGUUUUUCAGGAAUCUAAACGCAUACUGUUGUCGUUCUAAUAGCAGUUGGUGGGUUAGGACGUUGUAUCGUACGUUUAUAAGCUUUAGUUAUGAAUAGUUGGCAUCGGCUGAAGAAAGGGACGAGGGAUGAGGAUAUGGAGAUGCAAGUUUCCAAAACUGAUGGAGAUGAUUCAGGACGAAAGAGAACAAGAAUAGAAAGAAUUCUUAAGCCGAAGGAGCCACUGACUCAUUGGUGGAAUAUGAUGUUUGCAGUGUCGUGUGUGAUUGCAGUAUCAGUGGACCCUUUGUUCUUUUACAUUCCUAUCAUCAAUGGAGAUAACAAGUGCCUGUCGACAGAUAGAAGAUUAAAGAUCACAGCUUAUACUUUACGAUUUGUUACGGAUUUCAUUUAUGUUUUGAAUAUAAUUUUGCAAUCUAUUUGUCCUUAUAUCGACGAGGACUCUCGUAAGCUUGGACGAAUUGUAGUGGUUAGAGAUCGUUGGCAAAUAGCACACCGCUACUUCUUCUCGCGGCUCUUCAUAAUUGACGUUCUCGCUAUUCUUCCACUCCCACAGGUUAUAUUUCCAAUUAUUUUUUCAGAAAUGAGAGAGUCGAAAUUUUUGUACAAAAGGAAGUUGCUGAACGCUGUUGUUUUCUUCCAAUAUGUACCAAGAGUUAUCCGAAUCUACAUAUCAUGGGUGAAUCUCAGCAGGACUGCCAUCAAACUUGCUAGAAUUGUAUGGGUUAAAGCUGCAUUCAAUUUCUUUCUCUAUAUCCUUUCCAGUCAUGUAUUGGGUGCCUUUUGGUACUUAUUUUCAAUCCAACGAGAGACCGCUUGUUGGCACACCGCCUGUGAAAAGCAUGCUGAAUGUACUAAUUCAACUUCUUUUAACUGCAAAGACCAUUUCAGUGAUCGCAAAUUUUUAAAGAAUUGGUGCUCUAUAGAAACACCAAACACAAUCGGCUUGGAUUUAGGAACAUCAAACACAACGGGCUUUGAUUUUGGAAUAUUCCUUGUAGCCCUUCAAUCUCGUAAUUUGGAAUCUACAGAUUUUCCACGAAAGCUCUCGUACUGUUUUUGGUGGGGCCUACGAAAUUUGAGUUGUGAACUUGUCUUGCAACAGACGUAUAGACAGUUGGCAACUGAAAGGUCAGAAGAAAUCAUACAAAAUAUGAAAGUUAAAGAACGAGAAAUAGAUCUAUGGAUAGAUAGAAACCAGCUCUCUAAAUGCAUAAAACAGGAGAUCAUGCCCAUCGUUCAACACAUGCUGAAAGAAAAAAAGGAUGUUGAUGUUCAGAAUCUACUAUCUUAUCUCCCCAAAGAACUUGAAAGGAAGAUUAAGCGUCAUAUAUGCUUGCCCCUGCUGAAGAAAGUACCACAACUUGAAGGAAAAGGUGACCAACUGUUGCAAUUGAUUUGCGAUUCUCUCAAGCCAUUGUACUACAAUGAGGACAGCUACAUUCUUCGGGAGGGAGAACCACUUACUGCGAUGCUCUUCAUCACACAAGGAAGUGUAUGUUGCUUCAAAACCAGUAAUGGUGAGAAUGGCGAGGGAACCGUCUCAGGCGCUCAGUGUAUCGAAAAAGGUGAGUUCUACGGAGAAAAACUUUUAGAGUGGCGCCAGUUCAAUGACUCCCCCUCACCCGGACUAUCCGACCUCCCAAUUUCCACCAAAACUGUAAAAACCCUUACAAAAGUUGAAGCCUUUGCUUUAACGGCCAAUAACUUGAAAAUUCUAGUUGCCAGGCAUUCCCAAGCAAUCUCUAAUGCAAAAGUGAAAUUUACACAAGCAGCUCGUCGGCACCUUAAGGAAAAGAGUGGCGCUCUUUCGGUGCUUCAAGUUCAAGGCCCCAGUAGUGCCACGCGUUGAAAAGCAAGGUCUUUGUGUUAAGUUGCAUAUAAACUCCAUUGGUUUCUAGUUGUUUGAAUUCUGAACGGUGAAGGUAGAAUUAGGAAAUGAACAACUUGUUAAUUUAUAAAACUCUUGAAUUGCAACAUAUAUUGUUAUUUGCUGA